CCUUUGCCAAGGAGUUUGGCAGAUUAGUAAGACACUGAAAGUCACAACAAUGGGAAAUACCAGUAGCGCGAUAUCGAAGGAGAUCCUGGAGGACCUGAAGCUCAGCACCAAGUUUACCGAGACCGAAAUCAGCCAGUGGUACGAGAACUUCCAGAAGCAGUGUCCGACGGGGCGGAUCACGCCGGAGGAGUUCGAGCAGAUCUACACACGCUUCUUCCCCGACAGCGACGCCACCAGCUACGCACGGCAUGUGUUCCGCUCCUUCGACACCAACGACGACGGCACGUUGGACUUCAAGGAGUACAUCAUUGCGCUGCACAUGACCUCCACCGGGAAGACCACCCGGAAGCUGGAGUGGGCCUUCUCGCUGUUCGACGUGGACAAGAACGGAUACAUCAGCAAGGCAGAGGUGACGGAGAUCUGCCAGGCCAUUUUUAAGCUGAUCCCCAAGGAGGACCAGUGCAAACUAGCAGAGGACGAGAACACACCCGAGAAGAGAGCCAACAAGCUGUGGUCUUACUUCGAAAAGAGAGACAACGAGCGGCUGGCUGAAGGCGAGUUCAUCAAGGGAGUGAUUGAAAAUGAGAAUGCAAUGCGUCUUAUCCACUAUGACCCUGUUAAGCAGUAGCCAUGCCUGUUUAUCCCAUCUUCCUCUCCUUUAUCAAACAAAUUUCUCUCUUUCAAACACGUUUUUACUCCCCUCUCCUCCCCUCAGCUCCUCCGCUGUGUAAAUACUCAUCCAUGCAGUGUCUUGGUUGGAAAUUACUUUUUCAGUCAGUUAUUCAUGUAUGUAAUGUUGUGCUCCUCUUUGUGAAUGAAUUUAUAUCAGAUAGAGGCCAGGUGAAGCUUAACUGUGGUGUAGUGUUUUAAGAUGUGUGCAACGAAAAGGAAAAUGUAUGGAAACAGUUAAAAGAAAAGCUAAUCUGGUACGAAAAGUAACCUCGAUAAAAUUGCUCAUCGGGAAUUGACUGUGAUUGAUCUUAUUAUUGAUAAAUACUCUACCUAAUUAAUAGCUCCUCAUAGU